AUGGUGAAGUCGCAUUUUGAGGUAUUUGAUGCAAUGCUGGAUGAGAUACAACAACUACGUCUGGAUGCAAUAUACUUUUCAAGAUCGACGCUGAGGGCAGAACAGAGGAUUGAGAGAUUGAGGAAGAAAAGAAAGGAGUAUGAGGAUCAGUUUCUGCACACACCGACUGAAAAGUACGUCAAGAAGAUUGGAAGAUGCUGCAGGAUGAUCAAGCGAUUAUUAGAUGAGAGCUGCGAAAACUCAAGGAUGUUAGAAAAUGCAGUGAGUGAGUUGAAGUGUAAGUGUGAGGUACUUUGUGCUGAUGUGGAGGUUCCAUUUGAUUUAGAUGUGCCUUCUGUCACAAGUGUCAACUGUACAAUAAAUGUAGGGGAGAUGAGCAUGGAUGGAAAGUUGUAUUGCAAGUGCAACAGACCUGCAUUCAAGAGCAUGAUAAUGUGUGGAAGUCAUGAAUGUAGCAAUAGGUGGUUCCAUUAUGAGUGUAUAGGGAUAUCCAGCGUACCAAAGACAGAGUGGAUAUGCUCUGAGUGUAAAAAAGCAUUAUGCAAGUCGUGA